UUCUGAGGCAGAGAGUGUGGGUGGAGAAUGGGGACGGGUACGUCGAAGGGUACGGAUGGUGGGUCCCAUGGAAGCGAAGAAGACCGGGAUAGCCUUGAGCAAGCGGGUAAACAGCUCUAUGUUUCACUUAAGAUGGAGAAUCGCAAGCUUACAGGCGAUCUUGUUCCGCAUAUCUAUGGCUCUGUCCAACUUGUGGGCUCCUGGGAUCCUUCAAAAGCUCUCUCUAUGGAGCGGGAAUCUGCAUCAAUGUGGGAGUUGAGCUUUGUUGUUCCUCCAAAUCAUGAAAGUUUAGAUUUCAAAUUCCUUUUGAAGCCUAAGCACAGCAACACGCCUUGUUUUGUUGAGGAGGGUGCAAAUCGCCUGCUAAUUAGGGGAGCACUGACGGAGGAUGCCCGACAGCCCAGGCUUGCUUUAUUCAGGCUUGAUAAUGAUGAAACUCUAGAGUAUCAAGUAUUUGUCAAAGCAGACUGGGUAUCUCCCUUUGAUCUUGCAGCUAGUUGGAGGGCUUAUCAGGAGAACUUCCGUCCUUCUGCUGCGAGGGGCAUUCCUGAUGUCAGCAUAAAUUCAGUGCCACCAUUAGGCAGUGAGAGUUGCUCUUCUGCGGGUUUGGAACUUGACCUUGAAAAAUACGUUGUCCCAGCUCCCUCAACUUCUGCAAGUUCAGCUUUUGUAUAUGGAGCUAACAUGGCUGAGAAUCCCAGGUCAUUAAGUGGCUGGUCUGGAAGCAGUACAUAUUCCAUCAGUGACGGUGGUGUUACUAUCGAGCGACCUGCAACUGUAAAGGAGAUGGAGGUUGUUAUCCCAGAGCCAUCUAAGGCGUAUCAAGGUUCUGGAAUGGUUGAAUCUAAGUUGGUGGGAACAUUUUCACCCAUGCAAAAGCAAGAGGGUCAAAGGGGACUUCUUGUUGAUAGGGGUGUCGGAUCUCCUAGACUUGUAAAAUCAGCUACUUCUAGUAUUUUCACCACCGAGCUUAAUUUGGAUACUGAAACUAAGAAUUCAAUCCCAGCAGCUGCUGGAGCUGUUGCAGCGGCAGCUGUGGCCGAUCAAAUGCUGGGUCCCAAGGAGGACAGACAUUUGGCAAUUAUUUUGGUGGGUUUGCCUGCUCGAGGUAAAACUUUUACUGCUGCUAAACUCACAAGAUAUCUCCGUUGGUUAGGUCAUGAUACCAAACAUUUCAAUGUUGGGAAGUAUCGACGUCUUAAGCAUGGAGCAAAUCAGUCUGCUGAUUUCUUUCGACCUGACAAUCCUGAAGGCCUAGAGGCACGCAAUGAGGUAGCAGCGCUGGCAUUCGAAGAUAUGGUAUCUUGGAUGCAUGAAGGUGGACAGGUUGGGAUAUUUGACGCUACAAACAGUACUAAGAAACGAAGAAAUAUGCUGAUGAAAUUGGCUGAAGGAAGAUGCAAGAUUAUCUUUCUGGAAACAAUAUGCAAUGAUGUUAACAUAAUUGAAAGGAAUAUACUUCUGAAAAUUCAGCAAAGUCCUGACUACGCAGAAGAACCGGAUUUUGAGGCAGGGUUGCGAGACUUCAAAAAUCGCCUUGCCAAUUAUGAGAAGGUUUAUGAGCCUGUAGAAGAAGGAUCUUACAUAAAAAUGAUUGAUAUGGUCAGCGGGCAGGGUGGGCAAAUACAAGUGAACAAUAUCAGUGGAUACCUUCCUGGCCGUAUAGUUUUCUUCUUGGUAAAUACACAUCUUACACCACGCCCAAUAUUACUUACUAGGCACGGAGAAAGUCAGGAUAAUGUGAGAGGCAGGAUUGGGGGAGAUUCUGCAUUAAGUGAAGCUGGAGAAGUUUACUCAAAGAAGCUUGCCAACUUUGUAGAAAAACGACUCAAAUCAGAGCGAGCUGCAUCUAUAUGGACUAGUACGCUGCAGCGAUCCAUUCUAACAGCAAGUCCAAUUGGUGGACAUCCCAAGAUUCAAUGGAGGGCUCUUGACGAGAUAAAUGUUGGGGUCUGUGAUGGAAUGACAUAUGAAGAAAUCAAGAAGAACAUGCCAGAUGAGUAUGAAUCUCGCAACAAGGACAAGCUUAGGUAUCGAUAUCCUCGUGGUGAAUCUUAUUUGGAUGUCAUCCAAAGGUUAGAACCUGUACUUAUUGAACUUGAGCGACAAAGAGCACCUGUUGUCGUGAUAUCUCACCAGGCAGUUCUGAGGGCGUUAUAUGCUUAUUUUGCUGACAGGCCUUUGAAAGAAAUUCCGCAUAUGGAGGUGCCCCUUCAUACGAUCAUAGAGAUCCAAAUGGGCGUUACGGGAGUACAGGAGAAAAGAUACAAGCUAAUGGACUGAAAUGGACAUAUCACAUUCGGUUCUCUUGCUAUUGCUCGGACCUUGUGAACCAAUUCUCCAUUCUUUCCAAUUCCAAAUUAUUUGAAAAUAUGUAAUAUUUCCCAUGAAUUCAUCACCAUAUUGAAAAUAACAACUUGUUAAUUCUCUCUUCGUUAAUAAACUAAAGUCUUCCCUGGCUUUCCAUA